AUGGUGACGCGUCGAAUUCUCCCUUCUUGUCCUGCUUUGGUUGAGCCCAGGGACUCGGUUCAGGUGCCCUUCACGCCCGUCGCUUUGUUGACCGAUAACGCUCUUACGGGGUUUUACGACUAUGCGACCAGCAACUUUCAGAGUAUGAUGUAUCGAUCUCAUUACACUCAUCCGAGGGGUCGAGCCCCCACUCUAGAGGAAGGGCGGGAUCCCCUGCACAGCUUCGCCCCCUGGUCCUCGCUGCCUCUGCCUAUCGAAAGUCUGCGUGGUCUCGGAUUGGUUCAGCCCAGGGGCACGAUUCAGAUGCCCUUCGUGCCCGUCGAUUUGUUGACCAACAAUGCUAUUAGGGAGCUUUACGAAGAAAUAACCCGCAUCUUACAGCGUACGAUCAAUCAAAUCCAUUUCUUCCUGUCAGACGGUCGAGUCCCGACCUACGAGGAGGUGCAGGACAAUUUCAUCACCUACAUGCAGUCCACGUACGAGGCUUUCGGCUUCACAGGUGAUCCUGCACCAAAGCCAAAGCACGUCACCACCGAUGUUGAUGUACGCCAUGCAGAGUCGGCUAGACUGAGCCUCAGCGUUGACGAAUACGAGCUCAGUGCGGAAAAACAUCGCUAUGACUAUUUUGGUCCGCGCUGCCUCCGUCUCGCUGCGGCUCGCAUCUUGAGCCGGCGCGCACCUGUCACAAGUUCAUCGAGUGGACGCCGUUCCGAGCAGGACCGAGGCGAGCAAGACAAGCACCGGCAAAUUCCGCAUCCGCUCGGAUACGUUGCUUCCCACACGAGUCAAGUGCUCAUCCAUGGCGAUGCGUCUUGCUCCCGCACUUUCAACCUCACUUCCGCACGGCCUCGGCUCCCUCUCCUCCUGCUCUGCUCCUCUUCCGUUACUUCCGCACUCUCGUCUUACUUCCUCACCACCACACUAUUCAUCCUUCACCUCGAAAGCUUGGUAGCACAGCCAUUGGCACUGAUCUCGUAG